AGCCAGAGUGUAUAACCAGAGCUUGAGCAGCGGAGAUCUCAAAAGCAUUCCUGCAGGGCUCCGGCGCGGGUGCUCCUUCAGAGCCUAGCGGCCACUCUCAGUGGGCACCCAGCCGGAGUCUUACCUAAGAGUGAGGUUUCCGUUUGGGUCUAUCACACAACGGGCAAGGUUACCCUAACGCCCCUUUCCUCCAGAGGUGGCUUCCCUGCCACAGGCGCCGGGUCUGGAUGAGGUCUCUGUUCGCAUGUGUGUAUCUGCCAGUGGAUCUGUUCCGGGUGGGAGGAUUGGGCACUGUCGCGAUAUUGAUGGGCGGCGUCACGAUUCUCUUGCGGGCCCCGCCCCCGCCAGACCCAAACUUUGGGUGGUGUUGGGGAUGCGGAAGCAGAGGUUGUAUAUGGGAGACAGGGGGUGUGUCGUCGCGUUUUUCCCUCCUCAGAGCCCUCCCAUGGCUUCCCAGGAGAGGGUGGAGACUGUGACCAAAGGAACUGGCUUCUGGCGCUGCCCCAAGCCGGCCGCUUACACCCCAAGAACCUGCGAGCUGCUCAGAGCCAUGAUGAAGGAAUCCAAACUGACUAACUUCCAACAGCGCCACAUCAUGGACACCAUGAAAAGAGGAGACGCUCUCCCGUUACACUGCAGCCCAACUUCCAGCCAGAGGGUCUUGCCUGCCAGGCAGCCGGCCUCGGCCAUCUACCUGCCACCCAUCCUGGCAGCCCGGUCCCACCUCCGGCCUGCCAGCCUGUGCCAAGCCAACGGGGCCUACAGCCGGGAGCAGUUCAGGCCUCAAGCCACCCGGGAUCUGGAGAAGGAGAAGCGAAGACUCCAGAAUAUUUUUGCCACGGGGAAGGAGCCAGAGGAAAGGAAGAGAAAGCCCCCUCCUGUGCAGCAGGAGGCCCCAGCGCCUGAGCUGGACCGGUUUGAAGAACUGGUGAAGGAAAUCCAGGAGAGGAAAGCGUUCUUGGCUGACAUGGAGGCCCUGGGGCAGGGCAGGCGGUACCGAGGGGUCAUCCUCACCGAAAUCUCCCAGAAACUACAGGAGAUGGAAGACCUUGACCGCAAGAGGAGCGAGGAACUUAGGAAGGCUCUGGCCACCCCUUAAUCUGUCUCCAGAGGCCAGCGGGGAGCCCACCCUCCUCCACCAAAACCUACCCCCUUGCCAAGCAGGGCCACCCCCAGGCCAGCCCACCACCCGGGCCUUCAGCCAUGUCAAGUGGCUGCAUAGCACCGGCCCCGCCUAGGGCACCCUGGACACAGACAGCGCCCUAGAAGGUGGGCCACGUCUCAGAAAAUGAGCUGGUUCUCCUCGAGACUCUACCCAGGGACCUGAGGUCAGCUGAGCCUCGGGGACCAGUCACAGAUGAACACACACACACACACACACACACAACUUGGGGUCUUUUCUCUGGGAAAGAGCCCCCCCAACAGUGAAAGCAGGGUCUAGCCCUCAGCAUCUUGGGCACGUGGCUAAGGGCAUCCCCGGGACUCUCUUCCCACGGCCUCACCUGCUGUGGGUCUCUGUGUCCGGGACAUUUGGUUUUCUGAAGUCAGGAAUGAGCGUGAGUCCUUUCUUCCAACCUUAGGACUGUAGGACAUUGACUUCUUAUAGCCUUGGGCAAAUGUUUAACGACUGUGAUUAAUUGGCUAAUAAAACACACACACCAUUUCAUUUUCAGAGGAA